AUGAAGAUAUUAAUGAUUAUGGUAGUAUUGUUGGUGUGCCUGUAUGGUGCAUAUUCCAUCCCAAUACAAGGUGUGUGUAACUAUAAUGGUCAACAACACAAAGUAGGAGAUACUUUCAAAUCCUCAGAUAACUGUAAUACAUGUGGAUGUGGUGGAAUGGGUAUGAUAUUCUGUACACAGAGAGCCUGUAUAAAAACAUGUAGUUAUAAUGGUCAGUCGUAUUUCCCUGGUCUAACUUUCAAAUCUGCUGAUGGUUGCAAUGAUUGUGAUUGCCAAAACAAUGGGGCAGUUGUUUGUACUGAACGAGCUUGUGCUACCUUAGUUUGA